UUCAGGCGAGAAAAACGGGGGAGAGAUGAACGGCAGUGGCGACGGACAUACGAACGGCAAUGAUUCGACGUGCAUUUUGCCCUCUCAAUUUGAUAGACAUUAAUUAAUUUGCUAACAAUAGAAGAAGCCGAUGGAAUUGCAUCUUCAUCGAUCCCUCGCUGCUGGUUGUUGCGCGCAUUGAUUUAUCUUCAACUAAACUCGCCUGGUUUCCGGUCGGGAGGCCACCGUUGUUUCAUUCUCUUUCUGCUAGCUGCUGCAGCGCUGUAACGCUGUGGCCUCUCGUUGAGGCGGCGGCGCCAUCUCUCUCUGCCGCGCGCAAUGACUUUUGCCCCCAAUCAAACGACUUCGACGUCGGCAGGGCCGGCCGGCCACGGCCGAGACCGAGACCGCGACCGCGACCGCGACAUGGAGGCCGGCGACUGGCCCCAAGACCAGCACCAAGAGGAGGAGGAGGAGGACUUCGUCGAUCCUUUCGACAUUGCCAUCACCAAGAAUGCGCCCGUCGAGACGCUCAAGAGAUGGAGGCAAGCGGCGCUGGUGCUGAAUGCUUCCCGUCGUUUUCGGUACACCUUAGAUUUGGGGAAGGAAGAAGAGAAAGAGCAGCGACGACGCAUGAUUAGGGCCCACGCACAAGUUAUAAGGGCAGCACUGCUUUUCAAAUUGGCUGGCCAACGGGCAAUUGUGUUAGGCACUACAGCAACACCUCCAACUCCAUGGGGCGAUUAUGGAAUUGGACUAGAACAACUUGCUUCAAUGACAAGGGACCAAAGUGUUUUGGAGCUACAACAAUAUGGAGGGGUCAAAGGGGUAGCAGAUUUAUUAGAAACAAAUAUGGAGACAGGAAUUGCUGGCGAUGAUGUUGAAGUAGCAAAGCGGAGGAAUGCUUUUGGGACAAAUACGUAUCCUGUGAAAAAAGGGCGAACUUACUUGAGGUUUGUUUGGGAAGCCAUGCAAGACAUGACCCUAGUUAUCUUGAUGAUAGCUGCUAUAACAUCACUUGCACUUGGCAUAAAGACAGAGGGCCUUGAAGAAGGUUGGUAUGAUGGGGGAAGCAUUGCCUUUGCUGUUAUUCUUGUAAUAUUUGUGACAGCGACUAGCGAUUAUCGACAGUCCCUCCAGUUUCAAAAUUUAAAUGAAGAAAAGAGAAAUAUACGCCUGGAGGUUGUUAGAGGUGGUAGGAGAGAAAAGGUUUCAAUAUAUGACAUUGUUGUUGGCGAUGUUGUACCCCUAAAGAUAGGUGACCAGGUCCCUGCUGAUGGAAUCUUAAUUUCUGGUCAUUCUCUUGCCAUUGAUGAGUCCAGCAUGACGGGGGAAAGCAAGAUUGUUCACAAAGAUCAAAGAACCCCAUUUCUGAUAUCUGGAUGCAAGGUUUCAGAUGGUGCUGGAAUCAUGCUGGUAACCGGUGUUGGAAUCAACACAGAGUGGGGAUUGUUAAUGGCAAGUAUCUCAGAAGAUACUGGGGAAGAGACCCCCUUGCAGGUACGUCUCAAUGGGGUGGCAACUUUUGUUGGCAUAGUUGGACUUUCUGUGGCUAUUUUUGUUCUUGCCGUCCUUCUGGCUAGAUAUUUUACUGGGCACUCACAAGAAGCAGAUGGAUCAGUUCAGUUUGUCAGUGGGAAGACAAGCGCGGGUGAAGCACUUGACGGAGUUAUAAAAAUAUUCACUAUUUCAGUUACCAUUGUGGUUGUUGCUGUCCCUGAAGGGCUUCCUUUGGCUGUUACCUUAACCCUGGCUUACUCAAUGAGGAAAAUGAUGGCAGACAAGGCCUUGGUGCGCAGGCUUUCAGCUUGUGAAACAAUGGGUUCAGCAACAACCAUUUGCAGUGAUAAAACUGGAACUUUAACCCUGAAUCAGAUGACUGUGGUUGAGGCUUAUUCUGGUAGAAGGAAGAUUGAUCCAUUGGAUGAUAGCUCUCAAUUUGUCAAGGAGGUUUCCUCGCUGCUACAUGAGGGCAUUGCGCAGAAUACUGCAGGGAGUGUUUUCACUGCCAAGGGUGGUGAAGGCAUAGAGGUUUCUGGAUCUCCCACAGAAAAGGCUAUCCUUCAAUGGGCUGUUAAGUUGGGGAUGAACUUUGAUGCUAUCAGGUCAGAGUCUACAGUUCUAAAUGUUUCUCCUUUCAAUUCAGAGAAGAAGCGAGGGGGUGUUGCAUUAAGAAAGCCCAACUCUGAAGUUCUUAUACAUUGGAAGGGAGCAGCAGAAAUUGUUCUAGCCUCGUGCAUAGGAUAUCUUGACACCGAUGGAAGCCUGCACUCCAUUGACAACGACAAGGCCUUCUUCAAACAAGCUAUUGAUGAUAUGGCUGCAAGAAGCUUGCGAUGUGUUGCUAUUGCAUAUAGAUCAUGCAAAAUGGAGGAAGUUCCUACUAAUGAAGAGCAACUAGAAGAAUGGGUCUUACCUGACAAUGAUCUUGUAUUGCUGGCAAUUAUUGGCAUAAAGGAUCCUUGUCGCCCUGGUGUCAAAGAGGCUGUGAAACUCUGCACAGAUGCUGGUGUUAAGGUACGCAUGGUGACUGGUGAUAAUAUUCAAACAGCAAAAGCAAUAGCUAUGGAGUGUGGAAUACUUGCCCCAGAUGCAGAUGUCAGUGAGCCUAAUGUUAUUGAAGGAAGGAUAUUUCGUCAAUUAUCAGAGAAAGAAAGAGAACAAGUGGCACCCAAAAUUUCGGUUAUGGGAAGAUCUUCUCCUAGUGACAAGCUUUUACUCGUUCAAGCAUUACGUAAAGUAGGGGAAGUGGUUGCUGUAACUGGAGAUGGAACUAAUGAUGCUCCUGCACUGCAUGAGGCAGAUAUAGGUCUUUCCAUGGGCAUCCAAGGAACUGAGGUUGCUAAAGAGAGCUCAGAUAUAAUUAUCUUGGAUGAUAAUUUUGCAUCUGUUGUGAAGGUUGUUCGCUGGGGUCGUUCUGUGUAUGCAAAUAUUCAGAAAUUUAUCCAGUUCCAGCUUACAGUUAAUGUUGCAGCUCUGGUAAUUAAUGUUGUGGCCGCAAUUUCUGCUGGUGAUGUUCCAUUAAAUGCAGUACAGCUUCUGUGGGUUAAUCUUAUCAUGGAUACUUUGGGAGCAUUAGCUCUGGCAACUGAACCGCCCACUGAUCAUCUUAUGCAUAGGUCUCCAGUUGGUAGAAGGGAACCUCUUAUAACCAAUAUUAUGUGGAGAAACUUACUUGUUCAGGCUUUGUAUCAAGUUAGCGUUCUCCUUGUUCUGAACUUUUCAGGAAAGAGUAUCCUUAACUUGAAUCACGACAGCACCGAACAUGCUAAUAAAGUGAAGAAUACCUUGGUAUUCAAUGCAUUUGUCUUCAGUCAAAUAUUUAAUGAGUUCAAUGCUCGAAAGCCAGAUGAAAUCAAUGUUUUUAGUGGAGUCACAAGAAACCACCUAUUCAUUGGGAUUGUGGGAACAACAUGUGUACUUCAGGUACUUAUCAUUGAGUUUCUUGGAGACUUCGCCUCAACGGUUAGACUCAACAUCCAGUUAUGGAUCGUUUCCCUUGUUAUUGGGAUUAUCAGUUGGCCCCUUGCAGCGGUUGGAAAAUUGAUUCCGGUGCCGGAGACUCCUUUUGUCAAAAUGUUCAUCAAGCCAUACCAGCGAUGCAUAGCUGCUCGUGCUGCGUGUUAAUCAUAUUAUAUCAUAAAGCGUGUCACCCAAACUGCUUGGCUUUUAUCUAAUUCGUUUGAAGUUUGAACUAACUUUACAUAGUUUGGGUGAUUCUUAUAGACUUUACUGCGUUUGAUUAUGAUCCCUUGCAAAAAUUAUUCAGCUCGUUAAAACUGUAAAUGGAAGGGUAUUAGAGAGCAUCAUCAUCCAUCCAUUAACUUGUGCUCUUAUUGGAACAGUCAAAUAUAUAUUUUGGUCCUUGUAUUUACUUAAAUUU